UCAAAUUCAGAAGACCAUAAUAUACAUAGUUGCAGGACUUACCGGAACAAGGUUGCGACAUCGACGUUUACACCUUGGCCAAUAGAGAUUCGGUUUUGCGAGCCAAACACUAACACCAACCAAGACAGGUCUCCUCCAAGUUUGAAGUACUGGUUUAGAGCAAGAGGAAGACUUUCAGAUGACCAGGGUCUGCAUCGAUGUGUAGCUGCCUAUGCAUCGGAUCUUAUAUUUCUCAAUGUGAGUCUAAAUCCUCAUCGUGAAAGGGGUUUGAAGACAACAGCUAUUAGUCUGGACCAUUCGAUGUGGUUUCACAGACCUUUUAGAGCUGAUGAUUGGUUAUUGUUUGUUAUCCAAAGCCCUAACGCUUAUAAUGCACGUGGCUUUGUUUCCGGCCAGAUGUUUACCAGAGAUGGAAAGUUGGCUGUAUCCUUGACACAAGAGGGGUUAUUAAGGGGGGCCGCCAAAACUCCAAAAUCUGCUAUCAAGUCGAAGCUUUAAUGCAGUCCCACAUCUCCAGACGUCGUACUUGUUUUUAUGUUAUGCAUGUCAACUCUCAACAUUUCAAGGGACAUAACAGCGGAGCUGCAGGAAAAUGUCAAAUAAGGACUGGAUAUUUGAAGUACCAGACGUUGAAACACCUAGUCGAUCCUCUCACUCUUUCGCCUCGUGGCUCUGUACUGGUGUCUUUUAUUACUUGUGAAUUUACAGAAUAAACUUAUUAAUAAUAACUGGUUGUUCGUUCAGUAAAAAAAAGUCUUCAAGAACCAUGCGAGGUUCUGUAUUUUACAAUAAAAAGUGGCGUGCUAGAGUUCAGGCUCUGGAGACUGUUUGUUUCAUAAUUGAAGUACUAGUGUAUGUGGUAGUCCCGAAGGAAGAUUUAUCUGCAAAGCAAGCAGAUUUUAAAGCUUCCUCAAGAAGCAGGAGCUUAACAGGCAAAGCUUUUUUGUAGUUCCUGGUUUUGCAGAAGGUACCAUUUGUAUCUUUAGAGGUUCCCAUUGCUUGAUGGGUUGGUGAGGGGCCUUGAAUUUGAGCAUACCUCUUCGUAGUCGUGUUCUACUUCUGCACAGAGCAGCUCUGAGUAGGCUGAUGGAGGGAGCUCAUUUUGUAAGCUGCAUUUUAUUGGCAAUGGAGGCUCUGUCUGUAUUUUCCAAGUAGCACAUUUUGCCGCAGUUCUAAUCAUGAUGCUUGAAAUUUUUGUUCUUCUUA